CUGUAGCCUUAUACAAUACACGUCAAAAGAACUUUGAUUAUCAGAAGCUCAAGUUGAGCUACUUCCUUCAAGAAAUUUAAGCAUGUCGGAAUCAUCAGAGUACAAAUUAGCACAAACUAUCAUUUGGAGUAACCGGAAAUAUUUGCUGAAGGAAUUCGUACAAAGUUUCACUCUUCCUCAAGUCGUCUUAGUGAAGGAUGGCUACUGUGGCGAAGACGAAAAAACGACAUUUGGCAGAGAUCAAAUUUUGACACUACAUCAACUUCGGGAAACGAAUACAAUCGUUUGUCAAACAGCGAAAGAAAGAUUUAUACUUUUGCCGUCAAAAUGUGAAGUUAAAGCGCAAGUGUUGCCGAUGAAUUUCAACGAUGUAAGCAUGACAAUGAAGCAUUUAAUUGAAACAUAUAAAAAGAUAAAAUAUGCACGAGUGGUGGAAGUUGGUGCAAAUUGGAGCGAUGAUCCAAAAAGUUCAUUAGAAGAAAACGAUACACUUGAAAUAAAGAAAAUCGAACAGAAUUCAGCCGGAUUCAGAUGUAAAAAUUUAUCAGCCAAUCAUGACACCUUCAUACCAUCAAACGACUUAGCUAAGUUUGUACCUCUGUCAGACCCAAAGUACUACACUUUGACCGAGAUUAAAACAAAACUUGGCUUCCCAGCUAAGAUAUGGUUCACAGAUGAAAGCAAUAAUGACGUAACUUUUUCCUCGCCUGAUUCAAGACAUUCCAGAACAAAUUUAUGUAAAUUAGAACGACUGACAGUUGUUGAAGAAAUUCAAGAAAGUGAUUUAAUUGUUACCACAGUAUGUUCAAGUCUAGAAGAAAAGGUUUGCCUGAACGUUCCAACUGAACUCAACAUCAAAGUUACAGUAGCUGAAGGCUUUCUCAAAGGUAGCAAGACCUAUGCCACAGUUGUGAAAACUUUGGACAAAGAGCUAUACAAGACUGAUCUCAAAGCAUUUAAAGACCUGGACGUUUAUCAACAUGUGCAUGCUGUCAAGAAACACAUGCAAGACAGAACAGUUAUAAUAGGGCGAGCGUCUACGAAAGUCGCCGAACAUGCCCGGCAGCAGUUGCAAAAACAUGAAAAAACAAAGAGUGAUAAAGCACCAAAAGCACAAUCCAGAUCUUCAUCAAUGUCAGGAAAUAUGACUCCACCAAAUGUUGCGCCGAAGUUAAAACCAAAAAAAUCGACAAAAUCAGAUAAUUUACCGAUUUUACAAGAUGAGGACAAUUAUACUUCCUUAGAUCCUACCUAUUCAUCAGUCAAUGACGCUUACGAACCUCUCCAGCCAAGCACUGAAUCUUUAAUAAACAUAAAACAAGGGCAGAAUACAAAACCUGGGAAAGAAACGAACUCAUAUGAUAGAAAAUAUGCUGUCCUAGAAAAAGAUUCAAGUGAAGAUAAGCAUUCGUACGAUUAUAUUGAACCUGAAAGACUCCGUAAGACUGAUACUCCACCAAGAGUACCGAAAAAACCAAAGAAUUUGGACAUGUGGCGAAAACGAACAGAAACCGAUGGAGCACAAAAAAAUCAAGGAAAGCCAUCGAUAUUACAAGAACCACAUGUUCGACGAAAAACACAUGGCAGCAGAUCAGAUAUUCAAAAAAUACCUUUGCCACCUCUGCCACCUCUGCCAGAAAAGUUUCCUAAAGUUAUCCCACCAAAUCCACCGAAGGAAGAUGACAAAACAAUUGCACACAAGAACGCGUUAACAACAAAUACCGCCGACGAUAACGACAAAGAAGCAAUAUACGAGGCAGUGUCCCGAUAUCCUCAAGAUUUGUCCAGUUUAACUAUAGCUGACGUCAGUCAACUACUGAAUUAUUUAGGAUUGAAAGGUCACGUCGAAACCUUUAAAAAUGAGAUGAUUGAUGGAUCAAUGUUGAUAACUAUGGAUAAAGAGUCUCUGGAGUUUCUUAACGUAAAACCUUUUUACAUUAAUAAGUUGUUGCGUUUUAUUGGUGGCUGGCGUCCUAAUGUUGGUAAAUAAGAAAGUUUUUCAAUGUACAGUUGUUGCAUAGAUGUUAAAAGUAACUUUUCCAUAAAAUUAUGUGAGCAUAAAUGAGUUUUUAGCAAUCACUCAGUCUAAUAAGUCUUUUAUAUACUUUAGUGCACUUUUAGAAAGAUAAACUUUAAUUUUUUCUUGUAAUUCAAUCACAUAUAGAUCAUUGCCUACAGAUGUAUACAAUCAAGUCAAUAAACACAACGUCUUAAAGUAUAAAA